CGCUGCCGCCUUGGGAAAGAAGCAGAAGUGCACACCAUCCGAUAUCGCUGAAACUUAGUUCACACCCACGACGUUCCAUUCAGCAGGUGUCCUCCACCAGAAGGGGGUGGUGUAUAAGGAAAUGGAGCGCAACCCUAGUAUGUUGUGCAGCCUCAUGGAGUUCUUUUGCCCGCCCGAGAACGCAGUUAUGUUCCUUGGGAAGGCGCAUGCCCAAGUUGUGUGGAAACUCCUCAGGAGUGGGCGCCAUGUAGUGGCCGUGGAGGGAGACACAGAACUCCUCAGCUUUCUGAAGACGUAUGUCAUGCACGAGAUCAAUAGUGGAGUUCACAACUGCGAACUGCACAUCGGGCAAAACUCGAUGGACCAUGAUCCCAACAGGAACUUCUCAUUCAAGCUCUCCUCUGAAAAAUGGGCAAAGCUUUACAAGUUCCUCUUCCAGGACACACAUCCCACAUACCGAACCGAGGACGACUACAAACUACGUCGACAAGUCUCGAUCAGAACAUUGGACGGCUACCAUGGUGGGUCAAGGGAGGCGGCGACCAACUUCAUCGACAAACUGGAGGAGUGUUAUUUUGACCAAGGCAACACUGAAGUCACUCUCAAUAUUUUCAGGGCACACUUCAAUGACGAGGAGGACUUCAACCCUAACGACGAUGAAGAGGUCAACGAAGGUAAUGCGGAGUUCGAUUUAGAGGGAACAUACCACAAGCAUGCUGUCGGUGUAGCAUCCUCGUCAACGCCUGCAAGUUCCCAGAUUCCCGUGGGUUCUCCUGUCGGUACUCCAUUCGCCGCGCCAAUCGCCACGCCAGCGUCCGGUUCUUCGAAAGGAUUUUUGUCAUCGAGGAGAAACAAGCCUCUCAGCCCCACCAUCAGGCCCGGACUUCCAAUUCCGCUGUCCGCGCUGUCAGGUCUUCAACCAGGCGAAGUAUAUCACUUCGGCAAAGACCACAAGAGCACCAGCGAGGCUGAAUGGGGUCACCACAUAUUGUGGCAUCCUGAUCAUUUCCAACCGGCCGUUCUGGAUGGUACAUGGGGCAUGUCAAUGAAUUAUGACAGCGUGUGGGAAGUUGAUCAACGAAUGUCAAAGGAAGAGUUCUUACAAGUUGCGCAUGAGGAGGUGGUAAGGCGCAUUGCGGAGAUUAACGCACUAGAACCGGAGGAUCGGGUGGUCGUAUGGCAUGGACAGUCCAUAUUUGAGAUUUUACGGGAUCACAAUUUGUUCAAGCUCCUUGCUGAAUUUUACGGACGCGAGACGAGCCCGGGUUCCGGAGUCCAAAUAGAGUGGGUAAUUUCGUCGGGAGGGGGUGGAACCGGCGGUGGUAGAGGGGGUGGAAGCGGCGGUGGUAGAGGGGGUGGAACCGGCAGUGGCGGAGGGGGUGGAACUGGUAGUGGUGGCAGAGCUAACGAGGGCAUGGGAGGUGGAGAAGGAGCGGGGGGCCACGACAGAAGAUCGGGGGGCCACGACGGUACAGGUGCAGGAACAAUCCCGCCUGGAAUGGGUGCCUGUCUAACAGUAGAAGGGGCUACCUCACAGACCAGCACGGACUCUCGACUUGCUGAACCCACCGGUGCCCAGUUGUUCAGUGGAGGAUGUAUCCGCCCCACAAUCGAAGCCGAAGUUUUUGCAUGUUCCAAACUGCUCGGUGUCGGGUCUGUCCCAUGUACAGUUUCAGUGGGAUCCAAUUUCGCCUCAGAUUUGGAAGGGGAAGUUGGAUCCAUAAAGUUUGUGGAGUCCGAACCGAUGUCGGACGUCGACGUAGGGUGCGUUUCCAUCGGCCGCGAGGGACUCUUGGAGAGAGGAUCUAUCUGACCCACAACGGAUUAUGCAGCAGACAUAUCGUUAGUGAGCUCUUUCGCCAGCAUCCCUCGAGUGAAGAGCCUUUCUGCCAGUGGAGGAUCUAUCCUCCCCACAACAAGUCAAGCUGGAGAGACCCAAGUAGGAAGCCUUCCCCCGAGUGUCUCGAGAAGCCAGGACCUUUCCGCCAGUGGAGGAUCUAUCCUCCACACGCCAAGUCAACCUCGGCAAACGCAAGCAGGAAGCCUGCCUGCACGUGUCCCGGGAGUCCAGAGCCUGCCACCAAUAGGAAGCCUGCCCUCCAGUGUCCCGGGAGUCCAGUGCCUUUCGGCCUGUGGCGGAUCUAUCCUCCCCACAACAAGUCGGGUUGGGGAGGCGCAAGAAGGGAAACUUCCCAAGAGUGUCCAGACAGUGCACAACCUUCUCGCUGGCGUCCAGGCAAAAAGUCAGGCUACCAAAACGGUCGUAGGAAGUCAGGUUGGGGAAAAGUCAGUAGGAAGCCCUCAUGAAGGCGUCCCUUGAGUGCAAUCUCUUUCCGUCAGUGGCGGAUCUAUCCUCUCCACAACGAAGGACCAACAAAGCAAGUCCAAUGGC